CUAUUAUUCCAAUGGAAAAGCAUAUCGUGCGAAGAGUACACAAUUUGGUGACAGAAGCAGAUGGGCUGGAGACCUUAACAGAAAAGAUGCAUCAAUCACUAUAGCAAACAUGCAAUUUCAGGACAAUGGAACCUAUAUCUGUGAUGUUAAAAACCCUCCAGAUAUAGUUGUUACAGAAGGAAAAAUCAAAGUCAGGGUUAUGGAGAAAGUCCAGGUUUCAGCUGCGGAGGUAUACACACCGCCAGACUUUCCUGUGGAGAAUGGGACUGAAGCAAAGCUUCCAUGCACUUUUACUUCCACAGAAGUGAUCAGCAGUUCAACUUCUGUCACCUGGAGUUUCCAAGGCGAGGGAUCAUCAUCUCUUGUCUCGUUCUUCUAUUAUUCCAAUGGAAAAGCAUAUCGUGCGAAGAGUACACAAUUUGGUGACAGAAGCAGAUGGGCUGGAGACCUUAACAGAAAAGAUGCAUCAAUCACUAUAGCAAACAUGCAAUUUCAGGACAAUGGAACCUAUAUCUGUGAUGUUAAAAACCCUCCAGAUAUGAAUAUUACACCAGGAAAAAUCAAAGUCAGGGUUAUGGAGAAAGUCCAGGUUUCAGCUGCGGAGGUAUACACACCGCCAGACUUUCCUGUGGAGAAUGGGACUGAAGCAAAGCUUCCAUGCACUUUUACUUCCACAGAAGUGAUCAGCAGUUCAACUUCUGUCACCUGGAGUUUCCAAGGCGAGGGAUCAUCAUCUCUUGUCUCGUUCUUCUAUUAUUCCAAUGGAAAAGCAUAUCGUGCGAAGAGUACACAAUUUGGUGACAGAAGCAGAUGGGCUGGAGACCUUAACAGAAAAGAUGCAUCAAUCACUAUAGCAAACAUGCAAUUUCAGGACAAUGGAACCUAUAUCUGUGAUGUUAAAAACCCUCCAGAUAUGAAUAUUACACCCGGAAAAAUCAAAGUCAGGGUUAUGGUGAAAGGUAUAGUAAUAAGUGGAUGGAAUGAAAAAUUACUUAAUGAGUGAUGGAGAAGUUGUGCGUAAGUUGCAUUCUUUCUCUAAAAUUAGUGUAUGUAACAAUGCGCUGAAACAAGUACUUGUUUGGCAACAAUUAAGAAGUGUGUGUUCAUGUUUCUUCUGUCUAUCUCUUCUAGUAUAAGUAGGAUAAUUUGACUAGGGGCAAAAAUACUUAUUCCUUUCAGAUUGGUUCUGCAAGUUGAACUGGGCUGGGUAGAUAUUAAUAGGCAAAUGAAAUAAUGCUCCAGAUGGUUGCCUACAAACAGCUUGCUUCAGGUGUAGGUAACCUACUAUAUUUCAGGUAUUCAGAUAUAAACCACUGUCAUUCAAUAAAAGUUCAAUAAGCACAAAUCUUCCUUCUGUAUCAAAAUCUAUUAACUUUGGCAGUAAUUCUUUCUGAACAUAAAAAACUAUACCUGCUUUUUUCUUUGGUG